AUGGCGCUGUCGUCUGCAGGAGGAACAAAGAAGAAAGUUUGCUAUUAUUAUGAUGGUGACGUGGGUAAUUAUUACUAUGGUCAGGGUCAUCCCAUGAAACCCCACAGGAUCCGUAUGACCCACAACCUGCUGCUCAACUAUGGACUGUACAGGAAGAUGGAGAUAUACAGACCCCACAAGGCCAACGGAGAGGAGAUGACCAAGUACCACAGUGACGACUACAUCAAGUUCCUGCGUUCCAUCCGGCCAGACAACAUGUCAGAACACAGCAAGCAGAUGCAGAGAUUUAAUGUGGGAGAGGACUGCCCAGUGUUUGACGGCAUGUUUGAGUUCUGUCAGCUUUCAACGGGAGGCUCUGUCGCGGGGGCAGUGAAGCUGAACAAACAGCAGACGGAUAUUGCCGUCAACUGGGCCGGAGGACUCCAUCACGCCAAGAAGUCUGAGGCCUCUGGGUUCUGCUACGUCAACGACAUAGUCCUCGCCAUCCUGGAGCUGCUCAAGUACCACCAGAGGGUGUUGUACAUAGACAUCGACAUUCACCAUGGAGACGGAGUGGAAGAGGCUUUCUUCACCACAGACCGGGUCAUGACUGUCUCCUUCCACAAGUAUGGAGAAUACUUCCCUGGUACAGGAGACCUGAGGGACAUUGGAGCAGGGAAGGGGAAGUACUAUGCUGUAAACUACCCUCUCAGAGACGGCAUCGACGACGAGUCUUAUGAAGCCAUCUUCAAACCUGUGAUGGCUAAAGUGAUGGAGAUGUUCCAACCCAGUGCUGUAGUGUUACAGUGUGGAGCGGACUCUCUCUCAGGAGACAGACUGGGCUGCUUUAACCUCACCAUCAAAGGUCAUGCUAAGUGUGUUGAGUACAUGAAGAGUUUCAACCUGCCUCUGUUGAUGUUGGGAGGUGGAGGUUAUACCAUCCGUAACGUGGCCCGCUGCUGGACCUACGAGACCGCCGUGGCUCUGGACAGCACCAUACCUAACGAGCUGCCGUACAACGACUACUUUGAGUACUUUGGCCCUGACUUCAAGCUCCACAUCAGCCCGUCUAACAUGACCAACCAGAACACCAAUGAUUACCUGGAGAAGAUCAAACAGAGGUUGUUUGAGAACCUGCGCAUGCUGCCCCACGCCCCGGGGGUCCAGAUACAGGCCAUCCCAGAAGACGCUCCACACCCGGACUCUGGAGAUGAGGAGGACGAGGACCCUGACAAACGCAUCUCCAUCAGGGCCCAUGAUAAGAGGAUGGUUUUGUGUUUGUCAGGGCCCAUGAUAAGAGGAUGGUUUUGUGUUUCAGUCAGGGCCCAUGAUAAGAGGAUGGUUUUGUGUUUCAGUCAGGGCCCAUGAUAAGAGGAUGAUUUUGUGUUUCAGUCAGGGCCCAUGAUAAGAGGAUGAUUUUGUGUUUCAGGGCCCAUGAUAAGAGGAUGGUUUUGUGUUUCAGUCAGGGCCCAUGAUAAGAGGAUGAUAUUGUUUCAGUCAGGGCCCAUGAUAAGAGGAUGGUAUUGUUUCAGUCAGGGCCCAUGAUAAGAGGAUGGUAUUGUUUCAGUCAGGGCCCAUGAUAAGAGGAUGGUUUUGUGUUUCAGUCAGGGCCCAUGAUAAGAGGAUGGUUUUGUGUUUCAGUCAGGGCCCAUGAUAAGAGGAUGGUUUUGUGUUUCAGUCAGGGCCCAUGAUAAGAGGAUGGUAUUGUGUUUCAGUCAGGGCCCAUGAUAAGAGGAUGGUAUUGUGUUUGUCAGGGCCCAUGAUAAGAGGAUGGUUUUGUGUUUGUCAGGGCCCAUGAUAAGAGGAUGGUUUUGUUUCAGCCAGGGCCCAUGAUAAGAGGAUGGUAUUGUGUUUCAGUCAGGGCCCAUGAUAAGAGGAUGGUUUUGUGUUUCAGUCAGGGCCCAUGAUAAGAGGAUGGUAGUGUUUGUCAGGGCCCAUGAUAAGAGGAUGGUUUUGUGUUUCAGUCAGGGCCCAUGAUAAGAGGAUGGUUUUGUGUUUCUGUCAGGGCCCAUGAUAAGAGGAUGAUUUUGUGUUUCAGGGCCCAUGAUAAGAGGAUGGUUUUGUGUUUCAGUCAGGGCCCAUGAUAAGAGGAUGAUAUUGUUUCAGUCAGGGCCCAUGAUAAGAGGAUGGUUUUGUGUUUCAGUCAGGGCCCAUGAUAAGAGGAUGGUAUUGUGUUUCAGUCAGGGCCCAUGAUAAGAGGAUGGUUUUGUGUUUCUGUCAGGGCCCAUGAUAAGAGGAUGGUUUUGUGUUUCAGUCAGGGCCCAUGAUAAGAGGAUGGUUUUGUGUUUCAGUCAGGGCCCAUGAUAAGAGGAUGGUUUUGUGUUUCAGUCAGGGCCCAUGAUAAGAGGAUGGUUUUGUGUUUCAGUCAGGGCCCAUGAUAAGAGGAUGGUAUUGUGUUUCAGUCAGGGCCCAUGAUAAGAGGAUGGUAUUGUGUUUGUCAGGGCCCAUGAUAAGAGGAUGGUUUUGUGUUUGUCAGGGCCCAUGAUAAGAGGAUGGUUUUGUUUCAGCCAGGGCCCAUGAUAAGAGGAUGGUAUUGUGUUUCAGUCAGGGCCCAUGAUAAGAGGAUGGUUUUGUGUUUCAGUCAGGGCCCAUGAUAAGAGGAUGGUAGUGUUUGUCAGGGCCCAUGAUAAGAGGAUGGUUUUGUGUUUCAGUCAGGGCCCAUGAUAAGAGGAUGGUUUUGUGUUUCUGUCAGGGCCCAUGAUAAGAGGAUGGUUUUGUGUUUCUGUCAGGGCCCAUGAUAAGAGGAUGGUUUUGUGUUUCAGUCAGGGCCCAUGAUAAGAGGAUGAUAUUGUUUCAGUCAGGGCCCAUGAUAAGAGGAUGGUUUUGUGUUUCAGUCAGGGCCCAUGAUAAGAGGAUGGUUUUGUGUUUCAGUCAGGGCCCAUGAUAAGAGGAUGGUUUUGUGUUUCUGUCAGGGCCCAUGAUAAGAGGAUGGUUUUGUGUUUCAGUCAGGGCCCAUGAUAAGAGGAUGGUUUUGUGUUUCAGUCAGGGCCCAUGAUAAGAGGAUGGUUUUGUGUUUCAGUCAGGGCCCAUGAUAAGAGGAUAGCCUGUGAAGAAGAGUUCUCUGACUCUGAGGAUGAGGGACAGGGAGGAGGGGGAAGGAGGAACGCUGCCAACCAUAAGAAGACC